CUUCACAAUGGUUCACAAUAGCUGCGAUUGCGAAUGACGAGGUAUCCUAGUGUAUUCCGAAAAAUGUGGUACGAUUGUUUUUUGAAUUCGGUCCUCUUUUCGCGUAGAUAAACGUAGACAAAUUCAUACCGCGUGGACAACUCGACUAGCACUCUGAGUACUCAGUAACUAUUUAAUUAGCGUACGUUCUACGAGAUACCUAGGUGCAUAGCUACACUAAUGUGAUUACUUAAUUAAUUGAAGGCAUUUGAGUUAUUGCUCAGAAUCAAAUAGGGAACUGAAAAAUUACCUCGAAUGACAGAUAAAUGUGAACUUUGUGUAAUAUAUCAAUAAUUCUAUUGAAUCCUGAAAUUAUUCGUAGUUAAGAAAGCUUUCAAUUACUACGUGGCCGUUCAUAAUUGAGGUUAAGGCUAGUGAUUCGAAGUAUGUCCAUGUGAUAAUUAGUGCGAUAGUGAAAUCUCCAAAGUAGAAAGUCAGGUUUGUCAUGGGGUGUAAGUUGUGAGGUGAACUUUGUACGUACGAAAUUAUUCGUUUGUGUUGUUCGUUUCGCGAUCCUUCUUUGUGUCAAAAAAUUUUGAGAAACCAUUGGUUGUGCCCUGAGUAAAAGCUGAUUCUACAAAUAUUCGCAGCCGCAGUUAAAUUCAUCACAAACAAUUGAAAGAACACAAGUACAGUAUACGGAAAGCAAUUGGGCGAAUGAUUUGUACGACCAAUGAUUGCCAAUUAUUGGUUCUCAACUACUCCUAGCGAUGCUAUUUGUCAAGCAAAAUUUUAAUAUAAAUUUUAGAAACACGCCAAAGGUACAGAUCAGACUCUGUCCCUGGCUUUUGUGGUGAUGGUGAGGAAGAGAGUAGGUCGAAAGGCAAACCAUACCACAACCACGUCUUCUACUACCACCACGGAGUGUUCUGAGAGCAACUUUAACCAACUGAGUAGCGGUGGUUCGUUUAGCAACUCUGCUAUCGCUUCCUCUCUUCGGCGUAUGACGCGCGAACAGCUUAAAGGUUUACUAAGGGAACGAAGGCUACCUGUCUUAGGAAACAAGACAGAUAUGAUAAAUCGCUUGGGAGCUACAAUGUCGGAGAACACAUCAGCCGUUAGACGUACUAAGGAUACUUCUGCUGCUACAAAUGGUACUCGACAAAGUACACCAGCAGUGAAAAAAUCCUCCCAUACUUCACAAUCACAUUUGCAUUCCAAUCAAAGCAGUGAUUCGGAUAUAGAUCCCGAUAGCUUAACGCUAUGGCAUCAUCCAAUAAAAACAUUGAACUUUUUUCUACAAGAAUUACUUAUCAAUGUUGUUAGUUUAACAAAAAACACUUUAAAAUAUAGAAAAACAGUAUGGAGUAUAAUUGUGAUCGCCGGAUUAUUUUUGCUCUCGAGCAGAGUCUCUGGACCACAACAACAGCUGUUUAAAUCCUGGGAGGCCACCGUCGUAUGGUGGUUCUACUGGGUAGGACUAGGCGUAUUAUCGAGUGUUGGCCUAGGGACUGGUCUUCACACUUUUGUCUUGUACUUGGGACCUCACAUAGCCUCCGUGACGAUGGCAGCUUACGAAUGUGGAGGGUUGAAUUUUCCCGAACCUCCUUAUCCAGACCAGAUCGUGUGUCCAUCUACAGUAGAUCCAGCAUGGACGGCCAGCGUCUUGAAUAUCAUGAGAAAAGUACGCAUUGAGGCAAUGCUGUGGGGCGCCGGUACAGCUUUGGGGGAGUUGCCGCCUUAUUUUAUGGCACGAGCUGCACGACUCAGUCGGCAAAGCGACAAAGAUCACGCCCAAGGUCAAGAUCAAGAAGAGUUGAGAGAACUCGAAGCAUUGGAGGCACUGGAAAAUGGAGAAAAAUGUGUUUCAUUGGGAAUGCGCGCCAAAUUAGCAAUGAAACAUUUUGUCCAAAAGGCUGGCUUCUUAGGAAUACUUGCUUGUGCAUCGAUACCAAAUCCGUUGUUCGAUCUUGCCGGAUUAACUUGUGGACACUAUCUCAUUCCAUUCUGGACUUUUUUUGGUGCAACACUAGUCGGAAAAGCUGUAGUAAAAAUGCACAUACAGCAAUUAGCAGUGAUUAUUGCAUUCAACGAGGAACUUUUAGAUAAAGUAAUUGCUUUGCUAGCAAUUAUUCCAGUCAUUGGUCCAAAGUUUCAAGAACCCUUGAAGCGAUAUCUUAUUGAACAGAAACAAAAACUACAUGACAAAUCUUCUAUAGAAGGUUCUACAACAAUUUCUUGGCUCUUUGAUAAGUUCGUCAUGUUGAUGGUGUGCUAUUUUCUGGUCACAAUUAUACAUGCUUUGGCACGUAACCACCAUCGUCGACGCACAAAGUCGUCAACUGAUUAAUCUUUAGAAGAAAAUUGAACACGGACUGAAAAAUAACUCUUAAACGGUGAGAGGUAGCACUGAUGGAAUAGAAACUUACAUCAUAGGCAAACAUGUGCAUAGAUGAUUCGAGUAUUUUACAAAAAUGAAAAGAACUACUCAUCGAUUAUUAUGCGUAGAAAUGAACAAUGACUAAUAGAUAUCAUCUGAGAUAUCAUUUCAUAUUUUGAUACCUACGUAGCUAGGUUAGCCAAUCUAGGUAUACAUGUUAGAGCUGAUACUAAAAAGAAUAGUUUGCUCAAUUGGUGUGCUACUGGCAAUGAGUGAAGAUCAUAUUAGUUUGGGCUUAUUGUGGUAAUCCAGAAAGGUAAAAUUGUUUCUUAAUUACAAAUAUCAUUGAGAAGGUGAUUUUUCCUCAUAAAUAGUACUUUUGGGUUUAAGGUAGUACAUAUAAGUUGAGCAUGGUAUGUAAAUAGACGUGUCCAGCUAAACAUGGCAUAAAAACUACACACAUGUCGCAAUGGGAUGCUUUCUGAAAAGAGACUGAAGUGACACAAAGUCUGCGAUAUCAAUUGUUAUAUGAUUUUUCCAUUAUCCGUAUGCUUAUACUGUACCUAAUAGCCUCUUUCACAACAAUUUCAACUUCCCAUUUUUAAUGGAAGAGUCAUGAUUUUCAAGAACUUGAUAAAUGAUGUUAUUUAGAUUUCAAUACACUCGUCGCACGUAGUAUUUGUGUUGCGUCAAAGUAAUCCACAUCGACAUAUAAAGGCCUUGAACAUUAUAGACGUAAGCAUAGUUAAUUUAUGAACUGUAACGGUCCACGGUAAUCUUAAUACGUCAAUAUAGUAAUGGAACCGCAAAACCAUAGGACAAAUCA